GAUGUUAUGCUUCUACUGUGUCGAACCUCCGUGGUAAAAGUCAAAUCCCGGUGACCUAUAUAUCAAUCGCCCUGGAACAAUAUAUAUUCACUCUCUGACUUCAUUCAUCCUGUCCUGUUCCCUUUCCUCAAUGGCUGACGUCGAGAAGAUCCACGCCGACUUCCGUAGCGAUGUCGAGAGCGUCGAUCGUAGCUCUCAUGGCCAUGACGACUGUCCGACCCACGACACAAAACCUACGCACUCGGAAGGGCUCUCUGAAGAGAGCAUACAGUCUUGUGCCUCCCAUGAAUACGCAGACGGUGGUCUGAAGGCAUGCUUAGCUGUGUUUGGCGCGUCUCUCGCGCUGUUCAGCACUUUUGGGCAAAUGAACGCGUUUGGGACGUUCCAAGCGUGGUACGCAGAUCAUCAACUACAACACCUGCAUGCGUCGACCAUUUCUUGGAUUGGCUCUUUGCAGCUGUGGGUCUUCUUCUUUUCCGGAGGACCUAUUGGCUUCAUGUUUGACUUGUAUGGGCCCCGAAUCUUGAUGGCAACGGGCUCGUUGCUGUAUAUCCUCAGUCUAGUCUUGACGAGCAUAUCGACACAGUUUUACCAGUAUGUCCUGGCGCAAGGCAUAUUAUUCGGUUUAGGUGUCGGUUUACUAUUCUAUCCGUCGCUCGCAAGUGUUUCGACGUACUUCUGCAAAUACCGCGCUUCUGCACUAGGCAUUGCCGCAGCUGGGUCUAGUCUUGGUGGCGUCAUGUACCCCAUCAUGUUACAGCACCUUUUCGAGCACGUUGGAUUUGGCUGGGGAGUCCGCGUAUCUGCCCUCGUCAGCGGAGUCGGCUGUGGAAUUGCACUUGUGACAGUGACGGCUCUUACACCGGGGCAAAAGCGCGGACGCUGCUCGUUUCGGCUUUGCUCGACGUUCAAAGAUGGGCGUUUCGACUUUCUCAUGGUUGGAAGCAGUCUUGUUGCUUUAGGUCUUUUCAUACCGCUGUUCUACAUAGUGGACUUUGCGCAUGAUCUUUCCAUCUCUCGUGACACUUCAUAUCUGGUGCUCGCUCUAAUGAACCUGGGAGGCGUUUUUGGUCGCAUAGCCCCCGCCGUCUUGUCCGACACCAUCGGGCGCUUCAACAUCCUUGCACCUUCCGCGUUCUUGUCAGGUGUCCUCUGCCUGACACUCUGGAUCCUGGCACGAACACUUUCGUCAGUGAUCGCAUUUUCCAUUUUAUACGGCUUCUUCUCGGGGUCGUUCAUAUCUGUGAUAACGCCGUGCGUGGCACAAAUAUCGGAUGUUCGGGAGAUCGGUACAAGAAUCGGAGUCCUUUACAGUGUUAUUUCUUUUCCAUCCUUGAUAGGCGGUCCCACAGCCGGCGCCUUAUUAGCGCUAGAAGGUGGAUCAUAUACUGGGAUGAUUAUUUUCUCCGGUGCGACGACGAUUGCUGGUUCCUGCUUUAUAAUCGGUGCAAAACUCAUGAUUGAUUCGCGGAUAUUGGCUCGGGUGUAAUCUAUCCUUCAAAUGAACGGACACAGAUAAUUUAUCUCAUCUUCUACUUAUCACAUAUUUAUUUUUACGACCUUAGGAUACUUCUCACGCAUAUAUUGCUCCGCCUA